CCGAUAUAAGGCGGCAGCGGCGGGCGCCGGGCAGCAGCUGCCGAGGGGAGCCGAGCGGAGCCCAGCCCAGCUCAGCCCACCCGACCCGACCCGCAGCGCUCACCACCCCGCAGCUGCCGCUGGAACUGACAUCUUCCAGAUCUGCAAAAAAAAUGGAAACCAUGCAUGAGCUGAUCCCCUUUGCCAAAGAAAUGCUUAGCCAGAAGCCCAACAGGAAAAUGGUCAAGCUGUACAUGCUGGGCAGCGUGCUGGCUUUCUUUGGUGUGGUUAUUGGUCUGGUGGAGACAGUGUGCAGCCCUUUCACCUCUGAAGGGAGGCUAGAGGAGGAGGAGGAGAAGAAACCUGCCCCGACACGAGAGCAGAUGCUUCCUCAGAAACAGGAGGAUUUGAUCUUGGACAAGAGCAAGAAGGUGGCGGGGAUGCAGAGGGCCCUGGUGACCAGACCACACGCCUCCUAAGAGCCCCGCGGCUGGAGAGGUGCCUGCUGAGCAACCUAGCACAAGAGACUCUGCUGUCCUGUCCUACCUGGUGGUGGUUCCAGCAAGAAGAGAGAAGAGUUGGCUGAAGAAGGAAACCGCAAGCGCAAGACUUGAAAGAAGUGAACGGUUAUAUUUGCUGCUGUGCAGCAGUGGGGAAAAAAUACCUUUUGUUGGUAUAAAAAUGUGCAAGAUGCACAGCAUGGUUUCUUAUUUUUAUUACAGAUGCGUUUUGCAAAAUCAAUAAAUAUUUUAUAUGGUA